CUAAACCCCAGGCUAAAUAUAAGAACCGAAAGAAGCCCGUAAAAUACCAACUCUGGCCACAGAAAGUGCAAGUGUUGUAUCAGCUGGAAGCGGGACAAACACAAUCGUGGGAAAAAAAAAAUUAAAAUAAAAUAAAUAAAAAUCUCCCAGCAGCAAACCUCACAUUUCUCCUGCCGGGAUCUGUUAUUAACGGUGAAAAUAACGCCAUAAAACACCGAGGGCAGAAAGCCAUUCGAGGCGUUCGUAUCCGCGGUGUCGCGUUAAGGUCACUCCGCUGGCUGCCUGAAUUCCCCUCUUUGUGUUUACACAUCCGGGUUUUCCCUGUUUGCAGCCCAUUCCCCAUUUAGAAGCCAUUUUGGACACAGAUCAGUAACAUGCAUGUAAACCCGGACCGACCUCCCGAUGCAGCGGUGCUACUAUCCAAGUGAAUAACUCUCGAGAAAAGGAGACCGUCUCGGGUGGUUGUUUAGUUGUUGCUCUUUCUUUCUUUUUUUUAAAGCAAGACUCCCGUUUUCGCCCUGUGGUUUUUUUUGGGGGUGCGGGGGGGGGUCCACUUCCGACGCGAGAUGCCGCACCUACGGACGGACUAGCAGCAGCGUGGCGGGCAGUUCAUCAGCUCCUCGUCGUCUCUUCUUGCAACAUUGUUGCAGCGUAGCGGCUAUUGACACGCGCUGCUGCUGCUGCUGCUGCUGCUGCUGUGGUGGUGGUGGUGGUGGUUAGGCUGCGGAGGGACCGGGGAGGCCUGUGGUCGUCUUGAUCCCCCGGACUGAUGUUGUAUUCGGACGAGCCGAGUUUUUGAAUGUUCGCGACGGAAAGCGAAGGGAAACCUCUGUGGUGUAUUUAACGCGGAACAUGUCUUUUUCAUGGCUCACUUGUUCACUUCUUCUGGGAACUUUGUGCGCAGGGUACAGUCUGGGCGAAGCAGAGACCCGGGAGUGUGUGUACUACAAUGAUAACUGGCGCACGGAGAGGACCAACCAGAGCGGCUUCGAGCGCUGCGAGGGGGAGAAGGACAAGCGACUGCACUGUUAUGCCUCCUGGCUCAACUCCUCAGGGACCAUCAAGCUGGUGAAGAAAGGCUGCUGGCUGGACGACUUUAACUGCUAUGACAGGCAAGAGUGUGUCUCUAUGGAGGAAAACCCUCAGGUCUUCUUCUGCUGCUGCGAGGGCAACUACUGCAAUGAACGAUUCACCCACCUUCCUGACAUGAUUGGCAGUGGCAACCGAGUGAAAAUCCGGCCUCCACCCAGAGUGCCCUCCCUGCUCAAUGUGCUGGUGUACUCCCUGCUGCCUCUCUGCGUGCUGUCCCUGGCCCUCGUCCUGGCAUUAUGGAUGUAUCGCCACCGCAAACCUCCCUACGGCCACGUAGACUUGAGCGAGGAUCCUGGACCAGCUCCUCCAUCCCCCCAUGUGGGCCUGAAACCACUGCAACUGCUGGAAAUCAAAGCUAGGGGGCGCUUUGGUUGUGUUUGGAAAGCCCAGUUGAUGAGCGAAUAUGUUGCAGUAAAGGUCUUCCCUGUUCAGGAUAAGCAGUCGUGGCAGAACGAGCGGGACAUUUUCUUGACUCCGGGGAUGCGACAUGAAAACCUCCUGCGUUACAUCGCUGCAGAGAAGCACGGAAGCAACCUGGAGACGGAGCUGUGGCUCAUCACCGAGUUUCAUGAGAGGGGCUCAUUGACAGACCACCUGAAGGGUAACACUGUGACCUGGAGUGAGCUGUGUCACUUAGCAGAGACCAUGUCCCGCGGCUUGGCCUACCUCCAUGAGGACAUUCCCAGCUACAAGGGAGAGGGGCCCAAACCCACCAUUGCACACAGGGACUUCAAAAGUAAGAAUGUGAUGCUACGAGAUGAUUUAACUGCAGUCAUUGGAGACUUUGGUCUCGCUGUGCGAUUCGAACCAGGAAAACCUCCAGGAGACACUCAUGGCCAGGUGGGUACGAGGCGUUACAUGGCUCCAGAGGUGCUGGAGGGAGCCAUCAACUUCCAGCGAGACUCCUUCCUGAGGAUAGACAUGUAUGCUAUGGGCUUGGUGCUGUGGGAGCUGGUGUCUCGCUGCACAGAGGCCGACGGUACGGUUGGUGAGUAUAUGCUGCCGUUCGAGGAUGAAAUAGGCCAGCAUCCCUCCCUGGAGGAUCUGCAGGAUGUGGUCGUGCACAAGAAGAUGCGUCCAGCCAUCAAGGACUUCUGGCUCAAACAUCCUGGUCUGAGCCAGAUGUGCGAGACCAUCGAAGAAUGCUGGGACCACGACGCAGAGGCGCGACUGUCGGCUGGCUGCGUCGAGGAGCGCAUCGGCCAGAUCGCCAGGACGAUCAGCAGCACUACCUCAGACAGCCCCGUCUCCAUUGUGACGUCUCUCACCAACGAGGACCUACCUCCCAAAGAGUCCAGCACCUGAACGGGGCGACAACCAUCCUUCACCUGAGCUCCUGACUUAUUAUUUUUUCAAAUCCAAACUCAGCGGAUCUCCGUGCAUAUUUAAAAACAUAAAAAAAAAAACAACAAAUAGCAACGUGAAUGCAGCUGCUAUUUUAUCCCAGUACUGGUAUUUCUUUUUCUUUUUUUUUCAUUUAAAUGUUUUAAUGUCAAAUCUUACUAACACAUCCAUCUGCUGUAGUAAUAAGUUAUGCGAAGGGCACAUCUGAUAACACCCGUGUGUCAAAUCUUAAAUGUCGUCAUUACCUCAUGUAUUUUUCUUUUGUGUUAGUCUAUUUUUAUUACCUCAUAAGUUGUUAUCUCUGUUGUUUUUUUUUUUUUUCCUGUCUUGGUCAUGAUCGUCUGCGGCCAAAUGAAAUGAACCUUUGCUCCAAACCUCGGACGAUGUGCUGCACACCUCGGAGGAACCGUUUUGAGACUGUUAGACAAAAUAUAUUCAUCUUCCUCAGGGGUCGAAGCGUCUCGAUUUUUAAACUCGAGUGUGCUCCCUUAUUUUAAACCUGUGAAUGCCUCUGAAUGGGAUUAGGAAAUAAAGAAAAGGAAAAAGAUCAAAAAAAUUGGAGCACGCCUGUUCUAACGCAGGGGAGGAGCUGAGGUGGGAGCGCUGAGCAGUUGUAUUGGACGUUUUUGAACUUUUUUGAAGAUUUCGGGACAAGUGUCUUGUCCCCGGGGAACUACCUCUCAGGUAUCCAGUAGGCUUCUUUGGAACAUUUUCUCUAAGUUGAGAGCCAAGCUAUCCAGCUAGCUACCAUGGACAUAUUCCUGGAUUUGUUUUUGUUUUUUAAUUGUAGAAAUUCAGAGUUACUCCUUUGCCAGUGCCAGGGGCAUUGACAGAUGCUGCCUGGAGUUGCAAUGUUACACAUUCUUGAUUUUAACUGUCUGCGUGUGUGUGCGUGUGUGCGAAGACUAAAUGAUGUGAAGAUGUAUAGAGAGUGCGUUUUUAAAAGUAAGAACUAUGGACAGAUAGAUGAGGUUUUAUCCUAGCGAGGGCCAUACUUGAGUAAGCAACAUGUCUGUUUUUAAUUUUCAUGGGUGUUUGUUCAAUAGACUCAGUUGGACACCAGUCCCCAGAUACCUCAGUCACUGUACAUCAUGCAAGGAGAGCUCAAAUGGUUGCCUUUGUCUCAAAUGCAAUGCCAUAGUUGUACCAUAACAUGAAUACCAUACAUUGAAUGUCCGUUAUGCUGCUGUGACUAUUCCAGGAUACUCAAGGAUUUGUAGAUGUACAUGUAUUCUUUGUUAAUAUAACGCUAAUGAUAUUAUGUGAGGCUAAUAUUCUGUUUUCGUGUUUUCUUUUUUUUUUUGUUUUUUGUUUUUUUUGACUGGGUAAGCCCUCAGCUGCUUACUCCUCCAGACUGACCUCAGAUAUUCUGACAAGUACCUCAGGCUUUUUCUACAUGUAUAUCAAGUUGUGUUAUGUAUUUUAUUGUGUUUUUUAGUAGUGGAGAUAUUUUAUUGCCGGUUGGGCCUCUUUGUUUGUGGAGAUUUUUCUUUUUCUUUCUUUUAUCUCUUUUUUUUUUUAAGAGCCUGACCAGUUGUCACGGUGUUAAUGCUGUAUAAAUCUAAAAGAAGAGAGUCAGAUUCUUGUAAAUAGACCUGUACACACAGUUGCCGAACACUGAUCUGAUUUUUAAAAAUACAAAAUCAGGGCAUUAAUGUUUUCAUUUCACAGAAACGGAAAGGGAUAUCUCAUUUCCACCCCUACAUAUUUAAAAGUCAUUUUGACAACUAGCCCUGUGAUGAUUUUUUAAAUGUGUGUGUGUGUGUAUAUAUAUAUAUAUACAUAGAUAUAUACAUAUAUACAUUUUUUUCUUUCUUUCAGAUUUUACCAGAUUGGUGGUUGUGUUACUGAUUUCUAUAAUAAUGGUUUCAGUUGCUCUGGAUCAGAAGCUGUGUAGGUAGCACUUGCAUUAGAAAGUUUAGUGUGAUUAUCAUCAAAAACACAAAAACACGUUUAAAAAAAAAAAAAAAAAAAUAGAAAAGGAAAAAAAAAAUAGAGUCCUUGAUGGUUUGCUGGCGGCUUCUGUGAUUGGCAACUUGCUGGGUUUGCCCGUUUUGAACAGUAUUACCUCAAUAUUAACCUGCUGAUGUGAUAGUCGGACUUGUUCAGUGAUAGUUUAGCCACGUUGGACAACACACAGGCUCAUCUGUUGUGCUUUGAUCAGUGCUGUGGAAAAGAUGGUGAUUUUAACAGUGGUCUGUUACGCUUGCUCCUGUGCAGUUUUUUGGUAAAGAACGUGUUGGGGGGAGAUGCAAAAAAAACAAAAACAACAAUCACUACAGAACAGUGUUUUUAGUGUUAUGAAAAUCAUCUAUGUGUCUGUAACCACAUGAUUGAUUGAUCGUGCAGCCCCAUUACGAUUCAUGUAAACGAUGGCAUGUGCGUGGUCUGAAGGUCCAGCAAUAUUUAUUACACAGCAAUAGUCACGUGAAUAUCAUAGUUUAUGUAAUUAAACUCUGCUGUGACUUAGCAGUUUUCCUCUGCGGAUCAAUAAAAGUCCAUCUCAUCACACCUGGAUCAUGUUCUAAUGGGGACACGUUAAAUCCUCCCGAUGGAAGAAACGGACAGAAUGCAGUGUGUGCGUGAGCUGAACGUGACCCAGGUGCUUUCACGUAUUGUGCCAGAAAAACGACGAUCACGAAAGGAAAAAAAAUAUAUCUGUUGUGAUCGGUCGUUUACCUCCAAAUGCUGUCUUACACCCAGCUCUUCUGAACAGAAAAAAACCAGUUACCUCAUGCAGUACCUCGUUAGUAACACUAACAUGGAGUCAGUCUCAUCUUCAAAAAAAAAAGAAAAAAAUAUCAAUUAUCGUGUAUAUAUUUACUUGACAAUUGUAAAGGGUUUCUUCCUUUUCAUGUGUGAAUCCUGUGAAAGCAAAAUCCCCUUUUUUUUUUUUUUUAAAUUUACAGUCAACAUAUUGUUCAGUUCUCGUAGUGUGAAUGGGUGCUUGACUGAAUCGUGUGACCUUCCCUGUUUAUGUGAAGAAAGAAAGUGUGCCUGUGUGUGUGCGGUGGGUGUGUGUCGGUUGGUUUCACUAAAACAGUACGAAUGGUAACUUUAUCUGUGAGUUGAAAUGCUUAGAAAUAUAAAGUAGAUGAGAAUACAUCCAUCUUUUUGUAUAUUAAAAUAAAGACAAACACUGAUUAACCAUGUGAA